CCAUCCCCCUCCUCCAUCUGUGAGCCACGAGGCUUCUCACAGUCGCCCACCCCGCCCUGCUCUCGGAACCUGCAGGCCUUGGCCUAAUGGCGGCCUGAGGCAGGGGCCUGGAGGCCGAUCCCCCCGCCACAAAGGUUGGGGGUCCGUGGCCAGAAGGAGGACCCAGGCGAGGCUGAGAGGGACUCCGGCAGAAGCUGAAGGGGACCCCGUGCACGCGUUACUUUGGCUAAAAGAAGGUGAGCGGCACUCUGCCCUUCCCGAGCAAGCAUGGAGCAACAGGAUCAGAGCAUGAAGGAAGGGAGGCUGACGCUUGUGCUUGCCCUGGCAACCCUGAUAGCUGCCUUCGGAUCAUCCUUCCAGUAUGGGUACAACGUGGCUGCUGUCAACUCUCCAGCCCUGCUCAUGCAACAAUUUUACAAUGAGACUUACUACGGUAGGACCGGUGAAUUCAUGGAAGACUUCCCCUUGACGUUGCUGUGGUCUGUAACCGUGUCCAUGUUUCCCUUCGGAGGGUUUAUCGGAUCCCUCCUGGUCGGCCCCUUGGUGAAUAAAUUUGGCAGAAAAGGGGCCUUGCUGUUCAACAACAUAUUUUCUAUCGUGCCUGCGAUCUUAAUGGGAUGCAGCAAAGUCGCCAAGUCAUUUGAGCUUAUCAUUAUUUCCAGACUUUUGGUGGGAAUAUGUGCAGGUUUAUCUUCCAAUGUGGUCCCUAUGUACUUAGGGGAGCUGGCCCCUAAAAACCUGCGGGGGGCUCUCGGGGUGGUGCCCCAGCUCUUCAUCACUGUUGGCAUCCUUGUGGCCCAGAUCUUUGGUCUUCGGAAUCUCCUUGCAAACGCAGAUGGCUGGCCAAUCCUGCUGGGGCUGACCGGGGUCCCCGCGGCGUUGCAGCUCCUUCUGCUGCCCUUCUUCCCCGAGAGCCCCAGGUACCUGCUGAUUCAGAAGAAAGACGAAGCGGCCGCCAAGAAAGCCCUACAGACGCUGCGCGGCUGGGACUCCGUGGACUGGGAGGUGGCGGAGAUCCGGCAGGAGGAUGAGGCAGAGAAGGCCGCGGGCUUCAUCUCGGUGCUGAAGCUGUUCCGGAUGCGCUCGCUGCGCUGGCAGCUGCUGUCCAUCAUCGUCCUCAUGGCCGGCCAGCAGCUGUCGGGCGUCAACGCUAUCUACUACUACGCGGACCAGAUCUACCUGAGCGCCGGCGUGCAGGAGGACCACGUGCAGUACGUGACGGCCGGCACCGGGGCCGUGAACGUGGUCAUGACCAUCUGCGCCGUGUUUGUGGUGGAGCUCCUGGGUCGGAGGCUGCUGCUGCUACUGGGCUUCUCCAUCUGCCUCACAGCCUGCUGCGUGCUCACUGCGGCUCUGGCACUGCAGGACACGGUGUCAUGGAUGCCAUACAUCAGCAUCGUCUGUGUUAUCUCCUACGUCAUAGGACACGCCCUUGGGCCCAGUCCCAUACCCGCGCUGCUCAUCACUGAGAUCUUCCUGCAGUCCUCUCGGCCAUCCGCCUUCAUGGUUGGGGGCACCGUGCACUGGCUCUCCAACUUCGCCGUGGGCUUGAUCUUCCCAUUCAUUCAGGAGGGCCUUGGCCCGUACAGCUUCAUUGUCUUUGCUGUGAUCUGCCUCCUCACCACCAUCUACAUCUUCUUGAUUGUCCCUGAGACCAAGGCCAAGACGUUCAUAGAGAUCAACCAGAUUUUCACCAAGAUGAAUAAGGUGUCUGAAGUGCACCCGGAAAAGGAGGAACUGAAAGAACUUCCACCUGUCACUUCGGAACAGUGACUCCGGAGAGGAAGCCAGUGGAGCGGGUCUGCCAGGGGCUUCCCCCUUUGGCUUAUUUUUCUGACUUCUAGCUGUCUGUGAAUAUCCAGAAAUAAAAUGACACUGAUGUGGAAUACCGUCCUCAUCUCCAGCCUCCCACCCCAGUGGGAACUGUGCAAAGCUGGGCUGUCUCUCUCCAGGUUGGCCUGUCACCAGCCCCGAGUCAAGCAAACAGCUGGUUCUCCACUUUGCUGUGUCAACCUUUGUGUGGGUCCUGGUAGCAUGGCUCCACCUUGCUGGGUCAGCCUUUAUGUGGCUCCUGGUAACAUAACAAAAGCAGUUACUAUAGUGGUGAGAUGGAAGGAAUCAAAUUUUGCCAGAGAAACUAACUUGGUGGCCCCGACAGGUCUUCCGGGGCCAUGGGCAUUGUUUAGAGCCAAAUUCAUCCUCUUACCAGAUCCUUUUCCAGAAAUACCUGUCUAGGAAGGUGUAAUGUCAGAAACAAUGACAUCCGGAAAGCUGAGGAAGAGGUUCCUGUGGAGACACUGAGUCAAAAUUCUUCAUCCUAAAUUAUAUUGUUAGUGGAAAAUGGAAUUGCUUCUGUGUAGUCAAUAAAAUGAAUCUGAUCACUUUUCAACAA